GCCGCGGCCGGCGGCGCAAAGGCCGGCUCCGGCAGACGAUGCGGCUGUGCGCCCAGGAUGCUGUCGCGUUUGCUCCCGCUCCUCACCGCUCUCGCCAGCCUGAGCCAGGGCUCCCGCGCACACGGGACAGAGCUGCCCAGCCCCUUUUCUGUGUGGUUUGAAGCCAGAUUUUUUGAACACAUCCUCCGCUGGACACAUAUCCCAGAUCAGACCAAGAGUACCUACUACGACGUGGCACUCAAGAAGUACGGAACCACAAACUGGAAAGACAUCCACAGCUGUAGAAAGGUCCAGGCAUCGUCCUGUGAUCUCACCAAGUGUACCCUGGAUCUAUAUCGCAGCCGUGGCUACCUGGCCAGAGUCCGGGCAGUAGACAACAACAAGUAUUCCAACUGGACCGUCACUGAGACCCGCUUCACAGUGGAUGAAGUGAUUCUGACGGUCGGGAGUGUGACACUGGAGGUAACACAUGACCGCAUCUUUGGGACGAUCCAUCCCCCCAGGCCCCAGAUAGUCCCUGCAGGUGACGAGUAUGAACAGAUCUUCGAGAAUUUCCGCAAAUACAUGGUUUCCGUCCGAAAGAUUCAGGAGGAGAAGAACACAACCAUGACAGUGGAACAGGAGAACUUCUCCCUCAAAGUCCCCAGAGAGAUGGGAGAGUUCUGUAUCAAGGUGAAGCCCUUGGUGGAAACCCGAAGUAACCGAGCAGAAUGGUCAGAGGAGCAGUGCUUACGUCUCACGGAGCAAUAUUUCACCUUGACCAAUCUCAGCAUCCUCUUCACUUCCAUCCUGAUACUCUGCGGAGCCCUGGUCUGCCUGGCUCUCCAGCACUACAUCCGGCGACGCCCGGGGAAGUUGCCUGCAGUCCUGGACUCCAGCCCACGGGAUAGUGUCAUAUCCAGGGUCUUCGAGAAGCCCCAUGACUUCCUCCCAGUCAACCCUGUCUGCCCAGAAACUCUUAACACCGUCCACAUCCUGGACUUGGAGGCCUUCCGGAAGGUGUCCCCAGAGCUGAGAGACUCAGUCUUGCAUGGCAGCACGGAUAGUGGCUUUGGUAGUGGCAAGCCUUCACUGCAGACUGAAGAGUCCCAGUUUCUCCUCCCUGGCUCCCACCUCCAGGCACAAGGGACUCUGGGAAAGGAAGAGCUUCUGGAGCUACGGGACAGCUGUGGGGACAACACAGACAGUGGGAUCUGCCUGCAGGAACCCAGCUUACAUUCCAGCGUGGGGCCCGCCUGGAAGCAGCCAUUUGGAUUCACCAGUCAGGGCCAGGAAGACAGUGACAUUAACUUAAUCCAGAGUUCUCCAGGACAGCCUAAGAACACACAGAGUGACUCUGCCUUGGACCAUGUCCAUCUCCUAGAACCUGGAGUCCCUGAGGAGAAAGACCAAGUCAUGGUGAGAUCCCAGGGCUACCAGAAACAGACCCAAUGGAAGGAAGGGGCAGCAGACCCAGCAGGACAUGUGGACAAAGAGAUUUCCUUGACAGAUGACUUUGACCCUAAACUCAGGGUGUGCUUGCAGGCUGAGUUAACUUGGCCUCCACCAGCUCUGGCCAAGGGUUAUUUGAAACAGGAAUCCCAAGGUCAGACCCCAGCACCAGCAGGGACCCCGAGUAAGCAAUGGAGUCAGCUGACUGAAGAAUGGUCACUCCUGGGCGUGGUUAGCUGUGAUGACCUAAGCACAGAGGGCUGGAAUUUUGCCCAUAAACUUGCCCCUCUGGACUAUGGGGCAGCCCCUGGUGGCCUCCUGGAUAGCUUUGACUCUAACCUGGCCACCCUGCCGCUGAUCUCCAGCCUGCAGGUAGAGGAAUGACAUGGUCUAAGGGCUCGUUGUAUUCCAGCCAUGCCUGCUCUCCUGCCUGCACUAGGAGGGCCCAGGGGUCAAAGAAAUGUGUGGGCCUUUUUCUACAAAUCCACCAAGGCCAGCUAGCCAGGCCCCACAGGGCAGGAAAAGGCCAUCUUGCUGGGCAAGUGUCCGGUACAUGGGAGGUUGUAUCUGCUUCUGCUGAGAUGGGCCGUGCGGACUCCAGCCUAGCUGAGCAGGGUAGACAGAGACCUCACUCCUCAGGGCUGGGUUCUGUACUGGAAGAACCUGUGUUUGGGAGGAACCCCGGGGAUUUCUAGAUAUGGUAAGGUUACCGGGCUUAAGUCAGAACAGCCUGGAGGUCCACAGAGGAGCGGGAGUAGCCAGCCUCCUGCAGAGUACAGAGGGAGCAGGAACCAGGCUUAAUGUUGUUACGGAGAGAUGCGCCCCGACUUGGACAUGGUACCUGUAACUGGAAGAUCUUGAGGUGCAUGCCACCCUGAAUGAUCAGCCAGGUACUUCAGAACCAUGGGGCUAAAGGGACUGAGAGUCACAAUCUGUGACUCUUGUGGGGUGUCUCUGUUAUCCAUCUACAGACAGCUCCCUUUUUUGACAUCUGUGUCCCCCCCCCCCCCGGCUUAUCUUCAGUGGCCGAGCCAUUGCUCCUUGCCUCUCACUAUUGUGCUGACAGGCCAGACAAACUAUGGUUGUCUGUGUUAGCACACUACCCUUUAUGUGGCCUUUGGGCGUAGACACUGGCCCAGCCUUAGGGCUUAGAUAUCUGUAUUUGCUGCUGUUUUCUAACUACAGACCCAGAGAACAGGGUCCUGAGCUGCCAUGACCUUGGUCCAGCAGCUUCUUCAGAGAACUAAAAUAAGAGUGAAUCGUUAGGAAAUCCCUCAUGCUGAAUGUUAGACAAUUUGGCCCGGGGGUGAUAUUUUCGAUCUUGCCAUCCUCUGGGCUAGGAGGAAGUAGAUUGUGGAAACCAUCUGCCCACAGGUAGCUUCUGCCUCAUGCCAAGGUCUCAGAGAUCUUGCAGGAGCUUAGGCCCUUGUGCCAAGAUAGCUGCUAGUAACUGGAGCUCAGGGCUGGUCCCACUUCCCUAGACUGUAUUUGAGACCUGUGCUCAAAGGACAGUUUGCAGCCUCCAAGCAAGGAUGCUGGAGAAAGGGCAAGGCUGCUGGUCCCCUCAUAGUGCCUAUCCCUGAGCCCGGAUUUUCUCUGAAGCUUUCUGAGAACCGGCUGUGUGACCUGGGAGAGCCAGCCAUGAGCUUGCCACUCUGCCAAGAAGGUCACGAUGCCAGCCUGGUACCAGAGCUCCUUGUGAAGUUGGAAGGAUUCCUUGGGAUUGCCUAGGAACCUUUAUUUAUUUAUUUUGCUCCCUUAUUUAUUGGAGAGGCAGCAUAGCACAGGCGCAGGGCUCAGGGUCUCUUAGAAGCUCUAGUUUUGACUGCACUGUUUCUAGCUGUGUGACCUUGGGCAAGUCACAAUUUCCUCUUUGCGCCUCAGUUCCUGUCUGUAUGUAAAACUUGAAAAGUUCCUAACAAGCCCAAUCUCUCAGACUGUGGAGUCCCACCGAGAAAAAGGGCAUGAAUGUGCCCCCAACGGUGAGCGAA